UUGUAGCUGCCGCGGCUUACGGACUAAAAAGGAAAGGCCGAAGAUGUUGACGCGAUUCGUCAACUGGGCGAACGACACUUCAUCCCGUGGGCGAACUCGUCGGUCUCUUGCUUGGAUUCCCACUGCUGUGCAGCGCUAACAGCGUUUCCCACAGCAGCGAGAGCUUCCCCAUUGAUGAAACCCGAAGCUGUGCAUUGGUUUGGCUGCUGAAUUUCAGCAACGGAGGACGACAACCGGAGGAUUCGAGGGAAAGUGCCAGCGGUUGCGCGCUUGAGAGUUGAUUUCGGAGCGUCUUUUAGGGGCGAGAUGGGUUGUUGACGAGGUUUAUGGAGGGCGUUCUUUGAGAAUGAGCUUGGUAGUGAUAUUGUAGUGGUGAAGACGACGGAAGGGCUUGGUUAGAAUUGAUGGAGUGGCUCUGCUUCUGAGGAUGUUUUGAAGAGUAGGAAGGUCCCGUUGAUGGGUGGGGCAAGAGGAGGUGGCGUGGUUAGUAGUUUCCGUAAGGCGGGGAGGGAGAGAGGGAGGGUGAAGUAGGUGGAAUUGAAAGUGUGGAAUUUGUGCGUAUGCAGCAGAAGAUGGAAUUUCGUUUGUGACUUAUCUCACCCAAGCUUCUUUCCCCUGGCGCGAUCGGGGUAGAGAGUUGCGGGAGCCGUCACUACUGCCAGUUACAAUGAGACAGCAUCAGGUUGCUAGCCCUGAGGGAGCGCCUGUCAUUGUUUCAAGAAGAGGCGCGGUUAAAAGUAAUCGAAAAGAGGAACCUACAGGUGAUGAGAAACUUGCAGAUUGCUUGAAGCUAGUGAAUAGACGAGUGUUAGUCAAGAUACAAGGGAACAGGUUGAAGGUGACAACUUCUUCUCAACAAGGCAAGUCUAGUAAUGAUCUUGCUCACAAAGUUCCUGAAGGCAGUCAAAUUCGUGUUGAAGAACAGACUCAGAAAAGUGUGGUAACAGUACAAGUUCCAAAACGGCCGAGUUCUGAUGGAGUUGGCUUACCACAAUGGGGUCAAAGGAAACGAUUGCGAUUUAAUAAUAGAGUUGAUGUCAAAGCUGCCGCAGAGGACAUCGCGACGGAUUUGAAGGCCUCUCCCAGAACAGGUAGGGGAGCCGUGAAGGUAGAAAAGAGUCCAGGGGUACCUACUGUGAAGAUUAAAAGGCCAGCCGGUGUCUUUAAACCCUCUCCAUCAGUUGAACUAGCUACCGGAGAUAGCAAGAGGGAUGCUGAGGGUACUGGAACUACAUGUACAGCACUGAGCAUUAACAAUAAUAUUAAUAACAUCAUUGAGAGCGGAGCUUAUACUGCUCGAACGGCGAAGGUGCAAUUAGAGCAACCACAAGUGAGUCCCGAAAAUGUCACCAUAACCCCUGCCAGUUCACCGGCUGGUACGCUUCCAGUAGUUACUGCAAAGACGGAAGACAAUGUGCACCAAGACAAGACGGAUGAAGUUGAAAAAGUAGAUAUGGACUUUUUCCAGUGGCCUAAGUUUCUGGUAUCUUUAUCACGAAAGGAAAAAGAGGACGAUUUCCUUGCAAUUAAGGGUACCAAGCUCCCAGUUCGACCUAAAAAAAGGUCGAAGCUUAUGGAUAAGGCCAUAAGUUUCAUCAGCCCUGGAGGUUGGCUUUGUGAUAUAACAAGGGAACGCUAUGAAGUAAAAGAGAAAAAGACCAUCAAGAAGAGACCAAGAGGCCUUAAGGCUAUGGGUGGUGCAGACAGCGAUAUAGAUUAAUCGCGAGAACUAGUAGUUUAGCUUACUUUUUCAGCAGAUCUGGGAUCCGAAAGUGCAGGUGUUGACUGCUCAUUGAUUCUUCCGAGCUUGUAAUUGUGGGCCAAAAUCUGGGAAGCCAGUGGCGGUAUGCUAUGCUAUGGAACCCGCUUAAUGUCUGUUAACAUUAAGCAGUUUUCAUCUUUCAAUAUGCCAUUGAUACCAUCACGUGUUGCCGGCACGGAUUUGUGCUCUUGAUGGAGGCCUAGUUUGAUGGUAAUGUAGAUGUAGUCUUCAUUUUCAUGAUUGUAUACUCAACUCUCAUGUUGGGAAAUAUCAAGAUUGAAAGUCGAUGUUUACUGCAUAUUUCAAUUUAGUCUAGUUUUUCGUCAGAA